GCUAUUGAGUCAGAAAUGCGAUUCUUAACACCAGAUGAAGGCCCAUGUCAAAGCACAGCGUGACGGGAAUCUACUGUUUCAACAUUUAUUAGCAGAAAUACAAGGUUGUCAGUGUCGAUAACCUUGCAAGAAUCCGGCAGCAGGCAGUAGCAAAUUCAAGCUGAUAUAUCAAUACCAGAGCGUCAAAAUUUUGCAAGUCACAUCGAACUCUCAAUCAAGUUGCAGCACAGCAAAUCACACAAUAACUGUAAUCUGCAACCAUGGACUUUCUUCAAAGUGCUUUGAAGGACGAAAUUGAAAAGAAGCGCAAGACUCUACAAGCAGCCAAAGCUAAUGAUACCGUCGCAAAGAACAAAAAAUAUAUCAGUCGUGCGGAAUUGGAACGAUUGAGAGAGAAGGAAUACCUCGAAGAGCAAGAACGAGAGAGAAAAAAGAAAGAGGAGCAAUCGGCACUAAAGCAGAAGAGUAGAGCGAGAGAAAUUGCUGAUCAGGAACGGAAAACAGCUUCUGCAUCAGAGAGUGAUGGCCAGGAUGAUGAUGACGAGACGGCGGAUACGUUCAACGUUUCCCAGGAGGAAGUUCAACGUCGAUUACGUGCAAAGGGACAGCCCAUUCGGCUCUUUGCUGAAACGGAUAAGCAAAGGAAAGCUCGUCUACGAACAUUGGAACUCAUGGAAGAGAGAUCUGAAGGUCAACGAAACGACUUUAUGCGCACAUUGGACCAAAUGGACGAAGGAAUGAACUUGGAAGCUUUGAAACGCAAAGCUGAAGGCGAAGACCUAGUGGAAAAAGCUGCCAAAAAAUCCCGAGACGACACUGCUAUUGUACCUGUUAACAUGGAUUGGCUGCGAACAGAGCCAGAAAAAUUGCAUCCCCUUAUAUACUCGUAUUUAAAGAGAAUGCUUAGGGAAUGGGAAGAGGCUCUGGAUGAGCGCCCUGAAGAAGUUAAGCGUAGCGGACAGGGUAAGCGAGCAGCAGCUAUGCAAAAGCAGACUGCGGACUACUUGCGGCCAUUGUUCAAACAGCUGAAAUCAAGAGCUAUGGAACCUGAUAUCCUUGCAAGAGUCACUGAAAUCACGCAUCACAUGCAGAAUAGACGCUAUAGGGACGCCCAAGACUCUUACCUUCAGCUUUCUAUUGGUAAUUCGCCGUGGCCCAUUGGUGUCACUAUGGUUGGUAUUCACGAACGUUCAGCGCGAGAGAAGAUUUUCGCAGCUCAGGUGGCACAUGUACUCAACGACGAAACAACUCGUAAAUGGAUUCAAUCCCUCAAACGGUUGAUGACUUUUGCUCAAACCAAGUAUCCUCCCGACAGCAUGUCACAAUUGACAUAGUCUAAAGGCACUACUCACGGAUUUACCACAUCUAUCAAUUCCAGAAAGAUAUCUUAUAAGGCGAUUAUUUCCAAACGGUUAUAUCAUACAUAGUUACUGGGUUGUUUGUAUUAUAUCAAAGCUGAUCUUCUUAAAGAAGCACUGAGAAGAACAGCGUUCUAACUUCAAAUCGUUACAUAAAAAGUUGGCUUGAGACUUCCGAACUUAGCACUUAUAUCUAGAUCGGCUUCU